UCCAGUCUUCGUUUCUGUGCACGCCGGGCCACACACGUGCGGCGUAGAAAAUUUAUUUUUUAAUAAUUUCUCAUUCGUAUCGAUUGUUUAUCGCGAAAAAUGUCAGGCGAAGGGAAGAAAAGAUCAAGAAGUUCGGGUAAGACAGAUGUGAAUGGUGCUGAGAUUAAAUCUAUGCUUAAAUCAGUGAUGCGAAGACUGGAUGCGAUUGAACACAAACAAAAGCGUCGUCGUUGGUCUUCGCCAGCUUAUUCGCCUACUUUUAGUGAUUGUGAAUACACAGGAAGCGGUGGAAGCAACAGCGAGUUUGAUUAUGGCGACGGAGAAGAGGUAGAUGAGAGUUUAUCUGUUAGUCAAGAUGAUCCACGAAUCGAGGAUAGUUUUCAGAAGAAUGAUAUUAUUCCUGGGGGUACUGAUACCUUAACACCAGACACAGGGCCAAAAACAAACAUCAUUUCUAUUCUUGAAGGAGACGAGAUUCAAGAGAAGAACUUUUCUGAACCCAUUCUUGAGGAGUUAGUUCCACGUUACAUAAAGCUUUUGGUAAAUGGGUUGAAGGAGGAGGUAAAGACAGACCUCAUUAAGAAAUAUCUCCCCCCUGAAAAUUUUAAGGAGAUUGUGCCUCCCAAAAUUAACCCAGAGGUUAGGGUAGCUGUCCAGGAUAACACCCUUAAAAGAGACACAAGAUUAUCAAAAAUACAAGAACAAAUAGCUGCGGUCAUUUCAGCCUUAGUUCGAUUUACCUCUGAUUUAGUUAAAAAAGGGGGGGAGGAUAAUAUUAAACAGGUUGAAAUGUCUAAUGACGUUUUGCGCCUGCUUUGUGAUGUAUUUCAUCACGAGUCAGUGUCAAGAAGAGAGCUCUUACUACUAAACUUGAAUAAGGACCUUAAAGAAACCUUACAGAAUACUCCGAUUUCCGAGUUAUUGUUUGGUAAAGAACUAGAAAACACCAUUGAAGCUGCAAGAAAGCUGGAGAAGUCGGGCGAGCAACUAAAGGUGAAGAGAAAUAAGCUAUCUGCUUCCAUGUUAGCCACUACUUCGAGACAGGGAAACUACCGUCGCCCGUUUGCAAGAGGGGUGCAGCAGAUGGGCCACAGAAGUCAAAAACGCACUCCAUUACAAAACAGUCGGCCAAGCAGCAACCCGAAGAGGCCCAGGGCACAUUAUCGGUCUCAGAAUCGUCAACACACCGGCAGCGUCGAGAGGAGACGCCAUUAUUAGAGUCCGGACAAGAGUCACGGUCUUUAAAGCGGAGCCCCCCACCCAUUAUGGAAAAAGCUUUCCCUGGUAGCCGGGAGGUUGUCAGGGAAGCGCUACUACAGGGAAGAGUGCCUUUAGAGGCCUUGGACAUAUGUUUAGCCUCAAUCACAGAAUCGACCUUAAAACAGUAUAGUGGGGGUCUACGCUUAUGGUGGACGUUUUGUAUGAACAAGAAUAGUAAUCCAUACAAUGUAUUAGUCGAAGAUGUUCUGGAGUUUUUAACUAUACAUUUUAAUGCUGGCGCCACUUAUGGGACCCUCAAUUCGUUUAGAUCCGCCAUAUCUCAAAUUGCGGGGCCGAACUUAGGUCAAGAUUUUAGGGUCAAGCGUUUUUUCAAGGGAAUUUUUGGUCAAAGACCACCUAAGGCUAGAUAUGAGAAUAUUUGGGAUCCGCAAAUAGUACUUUCCUAUGUAAAGACACUUGAAACUAAUACUCUUCCCCUAGAGACCUUAAGCAAAAAACUUGCAGUUUUAUUGGCGUUGGCUACCGGCCAACGAUUACAAAUAUUGGCCCUUAUUAAAAUUGGUAACAUUUCAAUCCAAGCUAACAGAAUAUUAAUAAAAAUAUCAGACCGUGUUAAAACUUCAUCAAUAAAUAAAUCUCAGCCCCUCUUAAUUUUGCCAUUUUUUAAUGAUCCUCAAUUAUGUGUUGCCGAGACACUUAAAAGGUACCUAAGCUUUACACAAGAAUUGAGAAAUUCUUGUGAUUCACUUUUUAUCACAUUUAAAAGACCAUAUAAGAAGGCUUCUACAUCUACUAUAAGCCGAUGGAUCAAAAACAUAUUAGAAAAGAGCGGGGUGGAUAUGUCAAUAUUUAAACCACAAAGCACAAGACAUGCUUCAACUUCUUCGGCAGCAAGGGCUGGGGUCAGUUUUGAUACCAUAAGAUUAGCGGCAGGAUGGUCUAAGGACUCCAGAACGUUUGCUAAUUUUUACAACCGUCCUGUUAUUGACAAUGAUGAGUUUGCAAGAGUUGUAUUAGAUUCAUAAAUGUUAGAUUUAGGCAUUCCAAAAAAAAAAAAAAAAAA